CCAUGGCUGGUCCCAACCCCUACAGCAACCUUCUCCGUACGGUGGAAGUCCACGGCAAGACCUAUAAGUAUUACGAUGUGGCCUCGUUCGGCGAUAAAUACAACCGGCUCCCAUACAGCAUUAGAGUGCUGCUCGAGUCAUGUGUACGCAACUGCGACAACUUCCAGGUGUUAGAGAAGGACGUCAACAAUGUGUUAGAGUGGGAGAAAAACCAGGCCGUGGAAGGUGGAGUGGAGAUCGCUUUCAAACCCGCCAGGGUGAUAUUGCAGGACCUGACAGGGGUGCCAGCGGUGGUAGAUUUCGCGGCGAUGCGCGCCGCCGUGCGCGAGCUCGGUGGCAACCCUGACAAGAUCAACCCCAUCUGCCCCGCCGACCUGGUCAUCGACCAUUCCGUGCAGGUCGACUUCGCUAGGACACCCGAUGCUUUGAACAAAAACCAGGAAUUGGAGUUUGAAAGAAACAAGGAGAGAUUCCAGUUUUUGAAGUGGGGUGCGCAAGCUUUCGACAACAUGUUGAUCGUGCCACCAGGAUCUGGCAUAGUCCACCAGGUCAAUUUGGAAUACUUGGCCCGCGUGGUAUUCUCCAAAGACAUACUGCACCCAGACUCCGUGGUCGGCACCGACAGCCACACCACUAUGAUUAACGGACUUGGCGUCGUCGGCUGGGGUGUUGGAGGUAUCGAAGCGGAGGCAGUAAUGUUGGGCCAGGCCAUCAGCAUGCUGCUGCCGAAGGUGGUCGGAUACCGCCUCAUCGGGGAACUGAACCCGCUCACCACUUCUACUGACCUAGUGCUCACCAUCACCAAGCACCUCCGCUCGCUCGGCGUAGUCGGUAAAUUCGUGGAAUUUUUCGGCCCCGGCGUGUCUGCGCUCAGCAUCGCGGACCGCGCCACCGUCGCCAACAUGUGUCCCGAGUUCGGGGCAACCGUCGCGCACUUCCCGGUUGACGCUAGAUCACUGCAGUACCUAGCGCAGACUAACCGCACCCAAGAGAAGAUCGACAUCAUCGAGGCGUACCUGCGGGCCACCAACCAGUUCAGGGACUACAAUGACCCCUCACAGGACCCCAUCUUCUCUGAGAUAGUCGAGCUGGACCUGGCCACGGUCGUGACGUCAGUUAGCGGCCCCAAGCGGCCACAGGACCGCGUCUCCGUCUCCAAUAUGAAGAAAGAUUUCCAGGAAUGCCUGAGCAACAAGGUCGGCUUCAAGGGCUACGGGCUGAGCCCGGCGCUGCUGGACACGUCAGCCAGCUUCACGUACAGCGACGGAGCCACGUACAGGAUCCGACACGGAUCCGUGAUCAUAGCGGCCAUCACCUCCUGCACCAACACCUCCAACCCGAGCGUCAUGCUGGGCGCAGGUAUGCUCGCCAAGAAAGCCGUGGAGAAUGGCCUGAGCGUAUUGCCUUACAUCAAGACUUCCCUGUCUCCUGGAUCAGGAGUAGUCACGUAUUAUCUCAGGGAAUCCGGAGUGGUGCCGUACCUAGAGAAGUUAGGCUUCGACAUCGUUGGCUAUGGCUGCAUGACCUGCAUCGGCAACUCUGGACCCAUUGAUGACAACAUCGCUAACACUAUUGAGAAGAACGAGUUGGUGUGCUGCGGCGUUCUCUCCGGAAACCGCAACUUCGAGGGCCGCAUCCAUCCGAACACGCGCGCCAACUAUCUUGCCUCUCCCCUAUUGGUCAUCGCCUACGCUUUGGCGGGAACUGUCGAUAUCGACUUCGAAACGCAACCACUGGGUAAGCGCGCUGACGGUAGCGCGGUGUUCCUACGCGACAUCUGGCCCACCAGGGCCGAGAUACAGGAGGUGGAAAACAAGCAUGUCAUCCCCAACAUGUUCAAAGAGGUGUACGAGAAGAUCGAGGUGGGCUCCCCGUCCUGGCAGGCCCUGGACGUGCCGAAGGGCAAACUGUAUGGCUGGGACCCCAACUCCACAUACAUCAAGAGACCGCCUUUCUUCGAUGGGAUGACCAAGGAGCUGGGUACCAUCAGUGACAUAGAGAACGCCCGAUGCCUGCUGCUGCUCGGCGACUCGGUCACCACCGACCACAUCUCGCCCGCUGGUGCCAUCGCGCGCAACUCCCCCGCGGCGCGCUACCUCGCCGCCCGAGGGCUCACACCUCGCGAGUUCAACUCAUACGGUUCCCGCCGAGGCAACGACGCCAUCAUGUCGCGCGGAACGUUCGCGAACAUUCGGAUCGUUAACAAGAUGGCGCCGGCGCCCGGACCCAGGACCACUCACCACCCCAGCGGGGACCUGAUGGACAUCUUCGACGCGGCUGACAGAUACGCGCAAGAGAAGGUGCCUCUGAUCGCCAUCGUGGGAAAGGACUACGGCUCGGGCUCCAGCCGCGACUGGGCGGCCAAGGGACCCUACCUAUUGGGCAUCAAAGCGGUGAUAGGUGAGUCGUUCGAACGCAUUCACCGCUCGAAUCUUGUGGGGAUGGGUAUCAUGCCGCUUCAGUUCCUGCCCGGGGACUCCGCUGACGGCCUAGGGCUCACGGGGGCGGAGCGCUACAGCCUGAAGGUGCCGAAAGACCUCUCACCAGGACAGCACGUCACUGUACAGGUUGACAACGGCAAGUCGUUCCAAGUGAUCGCUCGCUUCGACACAGAGGUGGACCUCACGUACUUCCGCAACGGAGGAAUCCUCAACUACAUGAUUAGAAAGAUGCUGUAGGCACAUUGCAUAUGUCGCAGCAGUAUGGUUUUGUUGCCUAAAUAAUUACAUAUGUCGCAGCAGUAUGGUUUUUAUAGGAG